AUGUGUGUUAAAGAUUUAAUAAGAAUGUUUGAGCAGAUGUCGGCCGAUAAACCGGCACUGCAAACAGUUGUACCGGUAACGGGCAACAACAUGUUGACCGUAAAAGAGCCUUCUGUGGCAUGCCUUGAGGCCACGAAGGAGAAGGAAGAGUCGGGGUGCGAGCAGGAACUCGACAUAAACAAAUUUGCUCGGAAGGUGCCGACACCCCGGCUAACAGGUGUGCAAUGGCUAAAUCUGCGUGGAUUUGCACACCAGAUAAAAAUGAAGAGGGUGGCAGAGAAGAACAAGAAAGAAGGUAGGCCACCACCCGAUCCGUUCGAAAAUGAGAGUGGAUACUGCACCUUCAUAAGAAACAUGAAGGAAAAAAUAAAGCAGAAGGGUAAAGAAUGUAAGACUGUGAUUAGGGAUAGGUGCUGUUCUGAUACUUAUUCUGAUUUAGAUGCUCUGGUAAAAGAAGCGUAUUCGGUACAAAGCGCUGAUAAUGUACAAACAGCAACAGCUGGAAAUGAUAAAUUUGAUGAGCACUGUAAUUGUAAAUUGAUGAAGGAACCACUUAUGUACAGGUUUAUACGAAAGGUUAAUGAAAUAGUUGGUAAAGUGGUUGGAUGCUGUGUAUGA